ACUACUUGUCUCUGACCAAUUUUUUUUUUUUUUGUUUCCAUUUGAUAUUGCUACCUGCAUUGGAAUUCGUAGAAUUCGAUUAAUUUAGAUUCGCACCAAGUAAAAUCCAUUCAAGGAUAGCGCUAUAUUUUCUUUUUAUGUCCAAAAUUAAAUCUUCAAUUUCUAAUUAAGAGUGAAACAGCCGGAUUUGUUGCUCUUUUAUCAAAAUUUAACUUUGCUAUACUUAGCAAAUUAUAUUACUACUACUACUCUCCACUACUGUUACUCAAAAUUCACAUUUUCCUUCUUUCCUUCUACACGAAAACGGCGACGGCAACGGUAACAGUAACGGCGACGAUAUAAAUAUAAACUUUAACUAGUUUUUCUCCGUCAACUUUAACGGCGCCGGCCGGUGAUCGACUAAGUUUCUACCAUACAACUGUUGGUGAAUCAGUUCGUUUUUCAGCUUCGAUCGGAGAGUAGAAACUAGUGCAUUUAAGAUUUUUCCCAAAUUGCUGUUUCUGUAAUACACUUCAACUAAGGAGAAAGGGGAAAGUAAUUGUUGGAUAAGUGAAAUGAAGGAGGUUCUGGAGAAGUGUGUGGAUUCGCAGUUAUGGCACGCGUGUGCCGGAGGGAUGGUGCAAGUCCCUGCGGUCAACUCCAAAGUCUACUAUUUUCCACAAGGUCAUGCUGAGCAUGCCCUUACGAAUGUGGAUUUCUCGGGUAUACCGAGAAGUCCUGCAUUGAUUCUAUGUAGGGUUGCUGCUGUGAGGUUCUUGGCGGAUCCUGAAACGGAUGAGGUUUAUGCUAGGAUUAGGGCUGUUCCGGUUGGGAAUAAGGGGAACGACUAUGACGAUGAUGAUGACAUUUUGGGUAGUAAUGAGUCGGGAACAGCUGAGAAACCUAAUUCAUUUGCUAAGACGUUGACUCAAUCAGAUGCGAAUAAUGGGGGUGGAUUCUCUGUGCCGAGGUACUGUGCUGAGACAAUAUUUCCUAGGUUGGAUUACACGGCUGACCCGCCUGUGCAGACUGUGAUAGCCAAAGAUGUUCAUGGUGAAACUUGGAAGUUUAGGCAUAUUUAUAGGGGGACUCCUAGGAGGCAUUUGUUAACGACUGGUUGGAGUACUUUUGUGAAUCAGAAGAAGCUUGUUGCUGGAGAUUCCAUUGUGUUUUUGAGGGCAGAAAAUGGUGAACUUUGUCUGGGAAUUCGCAGGGCAAAACGGGGCGGUAGUGGUGGGCCUGAAACCCCAUCUGGAUGGAACUCUGCCUCCGGCAACUAUGGUGGAUUUUCUGCCUUUUUGAGGGAAGACAUGAACAAGAAUGGAAAUCUGAGUGCGGGGAGCUUCAGGGGAAAGGGAAGGGUGAGGCCUGAAUCAGUUGUCGAAGCUGCAUAUCUUGCUGCUAGCGGGCAGCCUUUCGAAGUUGUUUAUUAUCCCCGUGCAAACACUCCAGAAUUUUGUGUUAAGGCGUCUUCAGUGAAUGCUGCGAUGAGGAUUCAAUGGUGCUCAGGAAUGAGGUUCAAAAUGGCUUUUGAAACCGAGGACUCUUCUCGAAUCAGUUGGUUCAUGGGAACUAUAUCGUCCAUUCAGGUUGCUGAUCCCAUCCGCUGGCCCAAUUCCCCGUGGAGGCUUCUUCAGGUGUCAUGGGAUGAACCUGAUUUAUUGCAAAACGUAAAACAUGUCAGCCCAUGGCUUGUCGAAUUGGUCUCAAAUAUGCCGGUCAUUCACCUCUCGCCCUUCUCACCGCCAAGAAAAAAGUUGCGUCUACCACCAGAUUUCUCGCUUGACAACCAGUUUACGUUACCAUCUUUUUCGGGCAACCCCCUUAGGUCCAGCAGUCCUUUCUGUUGUCCAUCUGACAACAUCACUGCAGGCAUACAGGGAGCCAGGCAUGCUCAAUUUGGAGUACCUUUAUUGGAUCUUCACCUUAGCAACAAAGUACAAUCAGGACAGUUAGCACCAAGUUUCCAACGAGUUGUAGCUGACUCACAACGUUCUAAUGUCAUCAAUAAGUACCAAAACGACAGAAAUGAUAACAUCUCUUGCUUGCUCACUAUCGGUACUUCAAGUAAGAUAUCGGAGAAAAAGGAUAGUGUGAUUACACCUCGAUUCUUACUUUUUGGUCAGCCAAUUCUGACUGAGCAGCAAAUAUCCAGUCGCUGUUCUGUCAAUGCUCCAGAAGUCCAAUCAAGAAAGGACUUAGGCAGGAUACAACUGAAGAGCGAAAGAUUUCCUCCUGAGCAGAUAUCAAGUGCGGCAUUUUUCUGGAAUCGAGGUUAUCAUGCUGCGGAACUUGGUGUCAAUACUGGUCACUGCAAAGUUUUCCUCGAGUCAGAGGAUGUUGGCCAUACUCUUGAUCUGUCAGUUCUUGGAUCAUAUGAAGAACUGUACAGAAGACUUGCAUACAUGUUCGGACUAGAAAGAUUAGAUAUGUUAACCCGUGUGCUCUAUCACGAUGCAACAGGUGCUGUUAAACACACUGGAGAUGAACCGUUCAGUGACUUUGUUAAGAGCGCAAAAAGAUUGACAGUUCUGAUGAACUCAAGCAGCAGUAUCAAAAGGAAAUGGAUCACUGGUCUCGCAACUGCUGAACGUGGUCUAGAUUCGUCAAACCAGGCAGGACCUCUUAGCAUCUUUGCAUAGAGUAAUCGCUAUUUGAUAGCAUAUGUGUGUGUAUAAAGUACCUUCUCGUUUGUUUUCUCGCAGCACUCAUUCACUGUAGUGUUAAGGACACUAUCAGUGAAACAUUGUGUUUGUUUUUUCUGUAUGGAUAUUUUGGUUUGCUUUCGAUGUGCUUUCUGUAACAGCACGUACCGCGACAGCGGCCACAUCUUUCUAGCUGUGCCCGCUGUCGUAUUUGUUGGUGUUAUUAGUCUGAAAGACAUGAAUAUGUGAGCUGGUGUAUGUAUGUUAUGGACAUGGAUAUGUUUUGUCUU